AUGGCCUUCAUGACGAAACAUGGCCCAGAGGAGAAGACCCUUCGGGACGUUCCCCAUUUACGGCGCAGCCUGCAGCGUCUGGUUUUGUGUUUGCUCUUGCAGCUCUACGUGGCCACGGAAGCCAUCCUCAUCGCGCUGGUCGGAGCCACACCAUCGUACCACUGGGACUUGGCGGAGCUCCUGCCCAACCAAAGCCACAGCAACCAGUCGGUGGGCAGAGAGCAGGCCUUCGGGGACUGGCUCCUGACGGCCAACGGCAGCGAAAUCCACAAGCACGUGCACUUCAGCAGUAGCUUCACCUCCAUCGCCUCCGAGUGGUUCUUAAUUGCCAGCAGAUCUUACAAAGUCAGCGCGGCCAGCUCCUUUUUCUUCAGUGGUGUGUUUGUGGGCGUCAUCUCUUUUGGUCAACUGUCAGACCGCUUUGGAAGAAAAAAAGUCUACCUCACAGGUUUUGCUCUUGACAUCUUAUUUGCUAUUGCAAAUGGAUUUUCCCCUUCAUACGAGUUCUUCACAAUAACCCGCUUCUUGGUGGGUGUGAUGAAUGGAGGGAUGUCGCUGGUGGCCUUUGUCCUGCUGAACGAAUGUGUGGGCACCGCCUACUGGGCUCUCGCAGGGUCCAUCGGCGGCCUAUUCUUUGCAGUCGGCAUCGCCCAGUAUGCCCUGCUGGGGUACUUCAUUCGCUCCUGGAGGACUCUGGCUGUUCUGGUUAAUCUGCAGGGAACGAUGGUGUUUCUCUUAUCUUUAUUCAUUCCUGAAUCACCUCGUUGGUUAUACUCCCAGGGUCGGCUGAGUGAGGCAGAAGAGGCGCUCUACCUCAUUGCCAAGAGGAACCGCAAGCUUAAGUGCACGUUCUCACUAACACAUCCGGCCAACAGGACCUACAAGGAGACCGGAAGUUUCUUGGAUCUCUUCCGUUACCGGAUCCUCUUAGGACAUACUCUGAUCCUGAUGUUCAUCUGGUUCGUGUGCAGCUUGGUGUAUUACGGGCUCACUCUGAGUGCAGGUGACCUGGGUGGAAAUAUUUAUGCCAACCUGGCGCUGUCGGGCCUCGUAGAGAUCCCAUCCUACCCUGUCUGCAUCUACCUGAUUAACCAGAGAUGGUUUGGUCGGAAGCGGACCUUAGCAGCAUUUCUGUGUCUGGGAGGCCUGGCUUGUCUUGUUGUGAUGUUUCUUCCAGAAAAGAAAGACACAGGUGUGUUUGCAGUGGUAAACAGCCGCUCCAUGUCCUUGCUGGGGAAGCUGACCAUCAGUGCAGCCUUUAACAUCAUCUACAUCUACACCUCUGAGCUCUAUCCUACCAUCAUCAGGAACGUUGGGCUGGGAACUUGUUCCAUGUUCUCCCGAGUUGGUGGGAUUAUUGCUCCCUUCGUCCCCUCACUGAAAUACGUGCAGUGGUCUUUACCCUUCAUUGUGUUUGGAGCCACGGGCCUGACCUCAGGCCUCCUGAGUUUGUUAUUGCCGGAAACCCUGAACAGCCCUCUGCUGGAGACGCUCGCUGACCUUCAGGUGUACUCCUACCGGAGGCUGGGGGAGGAGGCUGUGUCUCUGCAGACCUUGGCCACGCCGCAGCCGGCGGACGAGGAGAGGACUUCAGGGAGUGAGAGCGAGGAGGAAGAAGAGUUUUACGAUGCCACUGAAGAGACUCAGAUGAUCAAGUGAAGAGCCCGAGCGCCCCGCUCAGAGCCAGAGAACCACCGUUAUGCCUCUGACCAAGGCAAGUUCUCCCUUGAAUCCUCACAGAGCUGAGUCAGAUAGGCUUGGCGCCAACAUGUGCGGGUGAUGCUCAGCGCGGACUGCCUUUGUUAAAGUACCCAGAAGUUGGAGAAGAGAUUCCAUCAGAGAAAACAUCGCUGCCUGAAAGACAAGUUCUUAACGUGUCCAGGGCUGAAGCUCAGCUCAGAGUCGUGAGCUCUGGCCUCCCAGCUCUCGCCCACAUUCCAGGGCAGGAGCCUGAGACACGGUCACAAGUUUGGUGACACUGUUUUUCUUCCCUUGUGAUCUGGAAGCAGAUAAGUAAAACUCACCAUUUUAGUAAGAUUAAAGAAGCUGUUCUUAAAAUUGAAACCUCAUGUCAUGUGUGACAUCUGUCCCCUACCACUUGCACUUGGUCCCCAGGAAAUCUUCAGGGGCAGCUUAGUGUGAGCACUUAAUUUUGCACGGAAGGAAGCGUUCUCAGAGAGCAUAGGGUGUCCUGAGGCCCUUGGGCUUUACCUCAACUGCGGAUAUCCAGUGCUGAGCUUGCUUCCCGGCCUGCUGGUUGGCCUGGUUUUCUUUCCCUCUGGUCCCAGGUAGAGAAUGUGUACAUGUUCAUAGAAGCACUAAUUAACUUAUUAAUUCACGACUAAGCCCAGAAUAGUUUACUAGAGGCAGAGGUGCGGCUAUGGCCGGUAGCGCUCUCUGGUACUUAAAUCAUGUGAUCACUUCAAUUCCCAAUGAUGGUCACCUCCAGGAAAAUUAUCUUCCUGGAGUCUAGUACAGUAAUAACUUCAAAAUCCUGCACAGUAAACAAUAAAGCUUUAUAAAGGUAGCAAGAGGUUAAAGGCAACAUGUUGUUCUGUUGGAUUUAAAAAAAAAAAAGAUGUGGCUUUUAAUAAAGGGCAAAAAGAAUUAUCUUUGGCAAUUUUAUAUUUGUUUGCUUUCAGUAUUGUAUAAGAAGGGGUUUGGGCAACAUUGAAAAACUUGCACUCUUGUUGCUUUGACGCAGCCCUUACCUGUUAGACAGAAUGGAAGGCACAGACGUUUCUUAGGAAAUAAUUUACUUUUUCAUUCAUUGUGAUUGUGAGCGAAUAAAAAUUCAUGCUUAGUUUCUU